GAUGAGUUUUUCCAGCAAUUUCUCGUUUGUUUGUUUCAGAUCUUCAGCAUCCGCGGUAUUUUGCAUUUAUUUCUGUUAACUAGUCACACUCCGAUUUCCAGACGUUUCGUUAUGUUUAGAUGUUUAUUGAAACCCGAAUGUAAACACAAAAUUAAAAAUCUGUGGCGAGAGAAACAACAUUAAUGUAUUGAGUCCGCCGGUAUGACCUCUUCAGACUUUAUUAACUUUGAGCAGUAUUUUUAAAAAAUCACGUUAUUAUGAAUGUCUGGGGAAAAAAAUCCACAUCAGUGCUGUCUUCCGACUUUUUCUCUUGUCCUGACUUCCUUUUCUUUGGGAUAGGCUCCAAAUUUCUUUAAAAGAAGCACAUUGAUUCCCUUGUCCGCUUUCCUGCAGUUGUAGGGAACCAGGUGAAUCAGAGACGUUCAAACAGUGGGGGAAGGACGAUAGGCAAUUUCUCAGCAUGGUUCAGCUCAUAAAUUACUGAAAACCAGUCACAUGCUGCACUCUCAAAACCUGUUCAGGUUGGAGCUACUCGGAACAAGGAAGUACCACGCCAGACACUCCCCUAUAAAGACCGCACCAGCGGCGGGAACACUCAUAGAUUCAUUCAAUUUUACUAGAACAACUUCCAGGAUAAUCGGCUCUUUAUUCUGAGCACCCAGAACAAGGUGCACAAUGUCUGCUGCCACUGAGGUAUGGCACACUGAAGACUCUUCUCCUGGGGAAGUCUGCUCUUAUGUGGAAAACCCUGAUGGGAGCUCAGUUGGAGGUCUGGAGUGUACUAUCUGCUUCAGUUCCUAUGACAAUGUCUUCAAGACUCCCAAGCUGCUGCAAUGCCAGCAUGUCUUCUGCUUGGAGUGUCUGGCCAGACUUGCAGCAAGCAUACCAGCUGACCAGUCAUCUGAUAUCGUCUGCCCGCUUUGCAGGAGCCAGACGGCAUUGCCUGACAAUGGGACCCCUGCCUUAAAAACAAGUCAGGAGCUACUCUCCCAGCUCCCACCUCAGCUGCAGCUUGAAGAACCAGUAUGGUUGGAAGGCAAGAAACUGUGCUGCAAGAACUCAAAAGAGCCUGGUAAUUCUGACUUUUGUAUCUGUAUUGACAUUGGUGAAACGAAACAAGAAAAUUCAGCUCCUGCCACAUUGACAGACAACCGACUACUGAAUUGCUUUGGCCUCUUUCGUGACUGGAAGAGACUGGUGCUAUUUAUACUGGUACUCAUAAUUUUCCUUGGCACUGUGUUAUGGCCACUCCGAUGUGCAAUUACCACACAAAAUCUAACCUGUGCUCGUAAACCUCCUCCAACAUCUGCCCCUAUCAAUACUACAAUAUAAUCUUGGGAGGGCAAGUGACUUUAUUUUUAAAUGUAGAGCUGGUGCAUUGUAUGACACUGGACGUUUUGCUGAACUUUGAAUUACUUGACUGUGAACCUUCAACAAAACUUUCAUAGAGCCAAACACUGCAAGAAAUAAUAUCCAACUUUACUAUAAGGUUUUUGGUUCUAGGACCAGCAGAGAUUGUAUGCUAAAUCUUAAUUGCUUCACAAUGCACUAGCGUGUGGCUAACAAAGAAACUUUUAUCAAAUGGUGACAGUCGUGCAAAUGAGGACCCUAAAGGUUUAAUGAGAACAUCAACUGGCCUUUUUUUUUUGUUUUUUUGUUUAAACAAAUUUUGUCAAUUAUCUGCAGUUUCUUUUUAAAGAAAAGCAAAAACAAUGAGUCCAGAAUACUUGCUGGGAAAUGUUUGACGUUCACUUUUUUAAUAGAAAUAUGUAAGCACUUGGUGAAAUAUUGUGGUUAUGUAAAGCACUUCCUUUUAUGUCACUCGGUGAUUUUAUGUACAGCUUUCUCAAUUAGGUAGGAAAAGCUUUAAAUGUUACAAAAGUUCACUUAACAAUUCGCUGCCUAAUCAGCAAAGUCAAUGACUAGUUUGUGUCUGUUGAGCACUUUUUUUUUUUGUUUUUUGAUCAACUGGUUAACUUGAAAAUGACUUCCACUAUAGUUCACUCUAAUGCCUCUUUGGCAAUGACCAAAUCCCCUCCCUCAGGAAGGGAUUGGUUAAAAUCUGGUGGGUUAGAUCUAGCAAUAUGCCAAUUUUAAGGGUUUAUACGUGUACUGUGGUCUCAAUUUGUUGCAUGUGCUUUUCUUGCCCUUUUAUGUUUGUAUAAACCUUUCCCAAAAUUCAAUAUAACCAGCUAAAGCAGCAUGUAUAGAAUCCACUGGUGCUAGAAAUAUAAAAUCCUCUUCCUUAUCUAUUCCAAUUCUGAAUCAACAAUUGGUCUUUUGCACUGGAAAUGUAAAUAACCUUCUUGUUUUUGUCACCUAUUUGGCACAAGUGCUUACUCUUAUCCCAGCUGCAAUAAUGGCUCCACCAUGAUUCGGCUUAGUGUCAGUAUCUGAAGUGUCUGGGAUCUCUUUACCAAUCCAGUGUAAAUCAGCCCUUGACACUUGAAUUAAUCCCUUUUAUUUUUAUUGGAAACAUGUACAGUAACCACUGUCCUUUAGGACAUUAUCAAAUAGCUUUCCAAAAGUUAUAUUUAUGUAUUUGGUUUGUUAAAGGCUCCUCCAUUACUAAAAUGUGGUCUUUAUAUUGCAACAUUUACUAUUAAUAGUGACUGCUAAUCUCUCUUCAAUGCGAGAUUAUUACAUCCCCUGAACUGCUUCACAAUGAAGCUCUAGAACCGCAGUACGUUUUUCUGUACAAUCUCAAACACGACAUAACAGCUUUAAGGACAUUGUAACUGUGUAUUUUUUUGAAUUGUAUUAUACAAUAUCUGUACUCUGCUAGACUUGGGAUCAAUUUUGAGCUGGGUCUUUGUGAUUCAAAUUAUGCAAAUUUUAAAAGCGAGAGAAAACAAUACCUUUUUUAAAAUGAACAGAAUCUUAAAACGUGUUAGUUUGCAACUAAUUGGGUUGCUAAUUCUUAAAUUUGAGUAUCGUAACUUUGUGUAAAUGAAGGACAUAGCACAAUUUCAAUAAAGUUUUUUUUUUAGGUUUUUCA